UACAACAAUGUCUAGCUUACAACUUGUUAGCAUUGUCAUAUUUCUUGCAUUUAGUCAUGUUUCAAGGGCUGAAAAUAACCCACCUUCGACCCCAACUACUAAAAGCACUCGCCGAGCAUUCUUUGUGUUUGGAGACUCGUUGGUAGACAAUGGAAACAAUAAUUUUUUGGUUACUAGUGCACGAGCAGAUUCAGCUCCUUAUGGGAUCGACUAUCCCACUCAUCGUCCAACUGGUCGUUUCUCCAAUGGCCUUAAUCUCCCGGAUUGCAUAGGGGAGCACAUUGGUGUCGAUCCAGUAUUGCCGUUCUUGGAUCCAGAACUCGCUGAUCAAAAACUAUUGAACGGAGCCAACUUUGCCUCUGCCGGGAUUGGGAUCCUCAAUGAUACCGGGAUCCAAUUUGUAAAUAUAAUUCGGAUGCCAUAUCAAUUGGAAGCCUUUGAGACAUAUAAACGACGAGUCACUGAUCUAAUUGGCCAAGAUAAAGCCAACAAGCUUGUCAACGACGCAUUGUAUUUGAUCACUUGUGGAGGCAACGAUUUUGUGAACAACUACUUCUUGGUGCCUAACUCAAUUAGGUCGCUUCAAUAUAAAAUCCCUGACUAUGUCCCAUUCAUCAUUUCUGAGUACGAGAAGAUCUUGAUGAGGCUUUAUGAACUCGGAGCACGCAAAGUGCUGGUGACAGGAACCGGACCACUAGGUUGUGUACCCGCGAUCUUGGCACUACAUAGUAGGGGAGGCGAAUGUGCAGCCGAUCUCCAAGAAGCCGCAACAUUAUUUAAUCCACAACUCAUCAACAUGGUGAAUUCACUCAACAAAAAGCUCGGCAACACCAUAUUCAUAACAAUCGAAACACAUCUUUUACAUGUGAACAUGAUCGAUAACCCAAAAGCUUUCGGCUUUGACACAUCAAAAGAUGCAUGUUGUGGACAAGGACCGUAUAAUGGAUUAGGACUUUGCACCCCAUUAUCAAAUUUAUGUCAAGAUAGAAACAAAUAUGUGUUUUGGGAUGGAUAUCACCCUUCCGAAAGGGCAAACCGGCUCAUCGUGCAAGAGAUAUUUAAUGGUACAAAGUACAUGAACCCCAUGAAUCUUAGUACCUUUCUAGCUAUGGAAUCCUAAAUAGAUUAUCUUACGAGCCAUAUGUGUAGGUUCUACCCGUCUACGUGUAUUUUAUAUGAUGUUAAUAUGUUUAU